UGACUAUAUUUUAGUAUUUUCAUCUAUUUCCCUGAAUUAAUUUAGUCUAAUUUAUUAUUUUAUUCCUAGAAAUAAUGAAUUCCACUAACCAGCACAAAGUCGUAGAGUUCACUCUCUUGGGAUUGACCAGUUUCCCUAGGCUCAGCAUAGCCCUAUUUCUUCUGCUUCUCAUUACCUACAUUCUUAUAUUACUGGCAAACCUGUUGAUCAUAGUGGCAGUCCAUUUUGAAGUACGUCUUCUUUCAGCCAUGUACUAUUUUCUUAGUAGGUUAUCCCUUGUAGACUUGUGCUAUGCUACAGUGACCAUCCCCAAAAUUCUAGCAGACUUUAUUUCCAAAACCAACACGAUCUCCAUCAAUUCCUGCAUCACCCAGCUGUUCUUCCUGCAUUUCUUUGCAGGAACUGAGUGCAUUCUCUUAACGGUCAUGUCCUAUGACCGCUACAUUGCUAUCUGCCACCCCUUACGCUAUUCCGGUAUUAUGAACAAGACAGUCUGUCAUUGGCUCGAGUUUGUUUGUUGGGCCACCAGUUGUUUACAUUCCAUAAUUCAGAUCAUCAUGACAUGUCAACUGAAGUUUUGUGGACCAAACCAAAUAGACCAUUUCUUCUGUGACAUCCACCCUUUGUCCGUUCUGGCCUGUUCAGAUAUUUUUAUUAUAGAAAUAGUAUACGUGGCCAACAGUGGCCUGAUCUCUGUGCUAUGUUUCCUUGUGCUACUUCUGUCUUAUGUGGGUAUCAUUAACACCAUACGUAAAGCCCGAUCUGAAGAGGGCCUAGGAAAAGCUUUUUCAACUUGUGCCGCACACCUCACUGUUGUUAUUCUUUUUUUUGGGUCUAGUGUCUUCAUAUAUUUAAGACCCUCUGUAUCAUAUGCAGUAGAUAAAGUGGUGUCUGUGUUCUAUACAAUGGUAACACCCCUACUGAACCCAAUUAUUUACACGUUAAGAAAUAAGGAGGUAAAGACCGCCAUUAAUAGAUUGCUGAGAAGGAGAUCGCUAGAUCGCUUUCUUGAGACGCUGGCUUGGAUCUGCCAGCAGGAGCUCUGUGUCAGUGUGAGCCGCUGUCGAAUUGUGGCCUGCACAGCGGGGAGUCGUACAGCUGCAUCCAGAGGGACCUUGUUUCUCACCUACAGCGGACCGGAGACUACAGCCGACCAGAUCCUCCAGCAACGCCUGCACUUUUUUAUAUCCGGGUAGGCCGUGGCGUGGUGUAAGGGGGUCAGAGACCAUUCCCAGAACCAGGAUUCAGAAGAAGUUCCUGAAAGAGUCUUCAUCAUCACCUGCAUCACUGCCAGCAGCUUCUGUAACCAGUGCGGUGAGCAGGCAUUUGCCCAUUUAGAUUCUGUUAGGACACUGCAUAUAAACAUCGCUUAUCCAACCCAGCUUUCUGGUACUUGUGGUACCACUGGAAGUUUGUUCACAUACUCUAACUAACACUGUAUGCAUGCAUCUAUAUCCUGUUCACAUCUUUACCACCAGCAAUCUUAUUGGAUACAAUAAUAUUCCAGCCAUAUAGGAAGAGUGUGAAGUAAUAUAAAAAUAUACCACAGAUCAGCCAAAUUUGCUAUGCUAUCAUCAAGGAUCACCGUUUUCUUAACC